GACAACACAGCCCUCUCUUUCGAAGCACUAAAAUCCAAUCUUUUUGAUAUAUUUUUUCCCAUCCCUUUCCUUCGAUCUCACUCCACCUCCGAAUCCUCAUGCCAUGCCGGAGCUCAAGCCAAUCUCUCGCUCCGCCUCCUCCCGCCACAUGAAGUUGCUCUCCCGGCGAGCUCAGCCCGGGCGCCACCAGCUUAAGUACCAAAAAUGGCUUCUUUGGACGGUUAUUACUGUUUUCCUAUUCGUGUCCACCACGACCACCACAACCUCCUCCUCCUCCUCCUCCUCCACCACCUCCUCCUCCUCCUCCGCGGCUGCCGACGCAUCCGCCUCGCUCCAGCCGCUGCCGCUCAGAACCACCCUCUCUCUCAAUAAUGCGCCUCGAGCACUCGGCGAAGCCCCCCGAAUUUCAUUCUUUUCGCCUUCCCUUAAGAUUUACGUGUACGAGCUACCGCCGAGCUUUAACCGUGUCUGGUUGAUGUCCAACGCGAGAUGCGGUAGCCACCUGUUCGCGGCGGAGGUAGCGGUGCACGAGGCGCUGGUGGAUUUCGCCGGCCGGGUGUUGGAUCCAAACGAGGCCGACUUCUUCUUCGUCCCCGUGUACGUCUCCUGCAAUUUCAGCACCCCCACCGGCCUCCCUUCACUCCACCACGCUCGUCCCCUUCUCGCCUCCGCUGUCCGCUUCCUCUCAACCGAGUUCCCCUUCUGGAACCGCUCCCGCGGCCGCGACCACUUCUUCGUCGCCUCUCAUGACUUCGGCGCCUGCUUCCACGCCAUGGAAGAUGCGGCAAUUGCGGAUGGAAUACCGGAUUUCAUGCAGGAAUCGAUCAUCCUGCAAACCUUCGGCGUGAGUUCGCCGCACCCUUGCCAGCGAGCAGAGCACGUUUUGAUUCCGCCGUACAUCAAACCGGAUAUCGAAGAGCAGUGGCCGGCGCCGGAGAAGACGAAGCGCGACAUCUUUGCGUUCUUCCGCGGUAAGAUGGAAGUCCACCCUAAGAACAUCAGCGGCCGCUUCUACAGCAAGAGAGUGCGGACGGAGAUAUGGCGGCGGUAUGCCGGGAAUCGGAAGUUUUACCUGCGGCGAAAGCGGUUCGACGGGUACCGAACGGAGAUGGCUCGAUCUGUGUUCUGCCUGUGCCCGCUGGGGUGGGCGCCUUGGAGCCCACGGCUGGUGGAGGCUGUGGCGCUCGGCUGCGUGCCGGUGGUCAUCGCGGACGGCAUUCGACUGCCGUUCCCGGAGGCGGUGCGGUGGACGGAGAUCUCUCUGUCCCUGGCGGAGGCCGACAUAGGGAGGCUGGAGGAGCUGCUGAACCACGUGGCGGCCACCAACCUGUCGACGAUCCAGCGCAACCUGUGGGACCCGGCGUUGCGGCGAGCUCUGCUGUUCCGCCAUCCGAUGGCGGAGGGUGAUGCGACAUGGCACGCGCUGCGGACGCUCGAGGGGAAGCUCGACCGCUCGUGGCGACGGCAGCGGCGGGCGGUGUCGCUUCCGCAAUCGCCAAGGUAGGUGCUAGAGACGGAGAUGACCGGCGGUGGGAAACAGCUGCCCGUUACACAAUUGCUUAGCUGUCAACUCGUGAUUCGAGGAAAGUGGAUCCCAGUACGAUACGACGUUUGUAAUUCCAGCUGACGUGGAGUUGGUCCAUAAAUGAAAGAAAAUGAAUUCGAUUACAAAUUAAUUUUCGACCAAGAUGUAAAUGUGACUAGCUCCAGGUUCAAGAAUUAUAUAUGUGACCAAUGAUUAAUUAUUUCAUUUUA